AUGGCGGAGAGAGAGAAAUUGAAGCUGGAUACGGUUAAAGGGGAGAUCACCUACAAUGGGAGCAAGUUGAACGAAUUUGUACCCCAAAAAACAUCAGCGUACAUUAGCCAAAACGAUGUCCACGUUGGAGAAAUGACCGUUAAAGAAACCCUUGAUUUCUCAGCCCGAUGUCAAGGAGUUGGCACUAGAUAUGAUCUAUUGAGCGAGCUUGCGAGAAGGGAAAAGCAAGCUGGGAUUUUACCCGAGGCUGAAGUUGACCUCUUUAUGAAGGCAAUUGCAAUGAAAGGAGUUGGAAGCAGUAUGAUUACUGACUACACCCUCAAGAUAUUAGGACUUGAUAUUUGUAAAGACACUAUAGUUGGAGAUGAGAUGCAACGUGGCAUAUCGGGAGGUCAAAAGAAGCGAAUAACUACAGGUGAGAUGAUAGUGGGCCCCACGAAAACUCUAUUUAUGGGCGAGAUAUCAACGGGUCUAGACAGCUCCACGACGUAUCAGAUAGUGAAGUGUCUACAGCAGAUCGUGCACCUCACGGAAGCUACGGUGGUCAUGUCCUUACUGCAGCCCGCUCCCGAGACGUUCGAUCUGUGUGAUGACGUCAUUCUCUUAUCGGACGGUCAGAUCGUGUAUCAGGGCCCACGUGUACACGUACUCGAUUUCUUCCGAAGCUGUGGAUUCCAGUGCCCAGACAGGAAGGGGACCGCCGAUUUCUUACAAGAGGUAACUUCCAAGAAGGACCAAGGGCAAUAUUGGGCGGACAAAAACGAGCCGUACCGCUACAUAACGGUGGCAGAAUUCGCCGGCCGAUUCAAGCGGUUUCACGUCGGCGAGAAGCUCCAAAACAACAUCUCGGUCCCGUACGACAAGUCGGCCGGGCACAGAGCCGCCCUCGUCUACGACCGCUACUCCGUCUCGAAUCUGAAGCUUCUGAAGGCGUGCACAGAAAAAGAAUGGCUCCUCAUAAAGCGGAACUCCUUCGUCCAUAUCUUCAAGAUGGUGCAACUCAUAAUAGUUGCCUUCGUCUCCUCCACCGUCUUUCUCAGGACCAAAUUGCACCACAGGAACGAAGACGAUGGCGGUAUCUACAUUGGGGCUUUGAUUUUCGCCAUGAUCGUGAAUAUGUUCAAUGGAUUUGCAGAGCUCGCAUUGACCAUUGCGAGGCUGCCGGUGUUUUUCAAGCAGAGAGACCUUCUUUUUCACCCGGCUUGGACUUUUACUCUGCCCACUGUUCUUCUACGCCUUCCUAUUUCUGUGCUUGAAUCUACCGUGUGGAUGGUCAUGACUUAUUACACCAUUGGAUUUGCACCUGAAGCUUCCAGGUUUUUCAAGCAAUUCUUGUUGGUGUUUCUACUCCAACAGAUGGCUUCUGCUUUGUUUAGGUUCAUUGCUGGUUGCUGCAGGACCAUGAUAAUUGCCAACACUGGAGGCUCUCUAACUCUCUUAAUUGUGUUCAUGCUUGGAGGUUUCAUUCUUCCUCGAGGUGAAAUUCCCAAGUGGUGGAUUUGGGGCUACUGGAUUUCACCAAUGACUUAUGGUUACAAUGCCAUUAGUGUAAAUGAAAUGUUUGCUCCCCGAUGGAUGAACAGGCUGGCUUCCGACAACAACACCCCGUUGGGUUUGGCUGUGCUCAAGAACUUUGAUAUUUUCCAAGAGAGAAACUGGUUUUGGAUUGGAGCUGGAGCUCUUUUGGGAUUCACAAUCCUCUUCAAUGUCCUUUUCACGUUUUCACUUAUGUACUUAAAUCCUUUUGGGAGGCCACAAACAAUAGUAUCUGUAGAACCAACAGAAGAGACGAAGGUUGAGCAAGAAGUAAAAGAACCAAAUGUGAGAGAACCAGAUUCAAUGACUAGAUCAUUAUCUUCUUCUGAUGGGAACAACACAACUACCAUCUUUUCCCCAUCAAUUUGCUCAUUAAAAACAAUCUACACAUGAGAAAUAACUAGUUGGCGAAUUAGUGGAAGUUCUACUGGCAACAGUGUCAAUCCCAAGAGCGGAAUGGUUCUCCCAUUCACUCCUCUUGCAAUGUCCUUUGAUAGUGUAAAUUACUAUGUUGACAUGCCCUCUGAAAUGAAGAACCAAGGAGUCAAAGAUGAUAGACUCCAACUACUUCGUGAAGUAACUGGUGCCUUUAGGCCUGGUGUUCUAACUGCAUUGAUGGGAGUUAGUGGGGCUGGAAAGACAACUUUGAUGGACGUUUUAGCUGGAAGGAAAACAGGUGGUUAUAUUGAAGGUGAUAUCAAAAUCUCAGGAUUUCCCAAGAAACAAGAAACUUUCGCUAGAAUUUCUGGAUAUUGCGAACAAACUGACAUCCACUCUCCUCAAGUUACUGUUCGAGAAUCCUUAAUUUACUCUGCUUCCCUAAGGCUCCCUAGAGAAGUUAGCACCAAAGAAAAAAUGGUUUUUGUGGAUGAAGUGAUGGAACUGGUGGAGCUCAAGAAUCUAAGUGAUGCCGUUGUAGGGAUUCCUGGAGUAACAGGGUUGUCUACAGAGCAGAGAAAGAGGUUAACAAUUGCAGUGGAGCUUGUUGCUAAUCCUUCAAUAAUUUUUAUGGAUGAACCAACUUCAGGUCUUGAUGCAAGAGCAGCUGCAAUUGUGAUGAGAACGGUUAGAAAUACAGUGGAUACUGGUAGAACUGUUGUUUGCACAAUUCACCAACCUAGCAUUGAUAUAUUCGAAGCCUUUGAUGAGCUACUUUUAAUGAAAAGAGGAGGACAGGUGAUCUACUUAGGACCUCUGGGUCGAAACUCUCAGAAGCUAAUUGAAUAUUUUGAGGCUGCUCCCGGAGUGCCAAAAAUUAAAGAAAAGUACAAUCCAGCAGCCUGGAUGCUGGAGGUAAGCUCAAUAGCAGCUGAACUUCAGCUUAAAAUUGACUUUGCUGAACAUUACAGGGCAUCAUCCUUAUAUCAGCAAAAUAAGGCAUUAGUGAAAGAGUUAAGCACACCACCAUCAGGAUCAACAGACCUCUAUUUUGCCACUCAAUACUCUCAAUCCACGUGGGGGCAGUUCAAAUCCUGCUUGUGGAAGCAGUCAUGGACCUACUGGAGAAGUCCUGAUUAUAACCUCGUUAGAUUCCUUUUCACUUUGGUUGCUGCCCUUAUGUUGGGAACCAUUUUCUGGAAAGUUAGCUCCAAAAUGGAAGGCGCAAGUGAUCUAAACGUGAUUAUUGGAGCAAUGUAUUCUUCUGUCUUGUUUAUUGGAGUGAACAAUUGCUCUACAGUACAGCCAGUAGUUGCUACCGAAAGAACCGUAUUUUAUCGAGAAAGGGCGGCGGGGAUGUAUUCUGCAUUACCAUAUGCCCUUGCACAGGUGAUUAUUGAAAUACCAUAUGUGUUUUUCCAGACGGUUUAUUAUACACUUAUUGUAUAUGCUAUGGUUGACUUUCAAUGGACAGCGGCAAAAUAUUUCUGGUUCUUCUUUAUCAACUUCUUUACAUUCCUUUACUUUACUUAUUAUGGUAUGAUGACAGUUUCUGUCACACCAAACCAUCAAGUAGCCUCCAUUUUGGCAGCCGCUUUCUAUUUGCUCUUCAAUCUUUUCUCCGGCUUCUUCAUCCCAAGACCUAAAAUCCCAAAAUGGUGGAUAUGGUAUUACUGGAUCUGCCCAGUGGCGUGGACUGUAUAUGGGCUGAUUGUGUCCCAAUACAGGGAUAUAGAGACUCUUAUCAAAGUGCCUGAAGCAGAGGACACAACAAUCAAGUCCUAUAUAAAACACCAUUAUGGGUACCACCCUGAUUUCAUGGGUCCAGUGGCUGCAGUUUUGGUUGGCUUCACAGUCUUAUUUGCCCUUAUAUUUGCACGCUGCAUUAAGACCUUGAAUUUCCAAACCAGAUAGGUACCAUACAAACCACCUACAUUUGCUCUCUUAUGGUCUGAAUUAGUAUUAGGAAUUAGUUUAUGGUGUUGUGAUAUAGCUAAAAUAGGGACGAUAUGUUGUAUGGUCAUAACGAGUAAAUGGGAAAUAAUCUUCUGAUGAAAAUGGUUGAGGGGUUGGGAUUGUAAAAAGAUGGUGCAAUUUGAAUGUGUGGGGAUGGGAAGGAACCCAUAAACCAAGUGUAGUGUAUCACAUACAUAGUUUAAGUUUCAAUUAUCUGUAACUUUGGAAAUUAUUGAUAAAAUAAUUUGAAGUUGGAUGGUAUUCUC